CUAAUGAACACAGAGCGUGAAGACUAUCGUAGACUUCGUCUCGGGAUGUUAAGGAGACUGGAAGAAAGGAGAAGAACUUUAAGGAAUUCAUCAUUCUUUACUUUCAGCCUCUUCCUGGAAGGAGAAUGGGGGCUGGAGCUAUAACCAUCUGUCACCACAAGUCAGCGGUUCAUAUUAAGGAGGAUGUAAAGAGGAUGGUCCAGUUCCCCAUCCUCAAACCCUCUCUGGCAGCUACAUUCACGGGGGGCAAGAAGAUCUUCGGCGUUUCCCUGCUGGAGUUGAAGGAUCUGGGGCUUGUCAAGGAAGGUGUACCUGUGGUGGUCCGGAGCAUGGUGGAGUACCUUGAGAAACAUGGUCUUCGCCAGGAGGGUAUAUUCAGAGUAAACGGCAGCGUUCGGACAGUAGAGACCCUGCGGCAGAGGUUUGAUGCUGGAGAGGAAGUUGACCUGCAUCAGGAAGUGGAUACCUUUGCCGUAGCCAGUUUACUAAAGCUGUUCCUGAGGGACCUACCGGAAGGUCUCAUCCAUCCCUCCAUCCAUAAUCCUCUCAUUCAACUUUCUCAAGAAUGCAGUGAAGAUGACUUCUGUGGGGAAGUCGGUGAGCUCCUACGCAAGCUGCCAGAGAUUCACUACAGUCUCCUGCAGUACCUAUGUCACUUCCUGUCCCGGGUAGAGCAGGAACAUGCUCAUAACCGAAUGACUGCUACCAACCUGGCCACAGUGUUCGGGCCCAACGUCUUUCAUGUGUCAUCUGGUUUUGACGGGAUACAAGAGCAAAAUAUCUGUAAUAACAUCAUGUCCAAGCUGAUUCAAAACUGCAACACUAUCUUCAAGUCUGCGACCGAGUUCCAAGAACAAAUUUCAAACAUCAUUGUUGUCAAAGAGGCCGACACAAACACUGAAAAUGCCGGAAUGUCACAUUAUUCUCCCGUUCCCAAGGCACACGCUCUAAAUCUCAAGAAAAUGAAGGCCACACAAUGCACUUCAGUCGAAAAUACAAACUCCCCAAGAGAAAGACUGUCAAGUCCAGACAACCCUAAACCCGUGGCAAGAAAAAAGAAGGUCCCUCAAAGCACUCCGAAUGAAAACGUAGACGCUCUUAGAGAAAGCGAGUCGAGUCCAGACAACCCUGAACCAACGCCAAGAAAAAAGAAGGUGAAGAAAGUAAAAACGGAUUCUUUUCCUCAACCGAUUCCAUCUGGGGAUCCUGUCGCCAGGCCUCUGCCACAUCUUCCAGACAGACGAUCAGGUUCUGGAGAUCAGUUUUCUCUGCAUGCUUCAAACAGCAUGAAUUUGACCUCUCAUGCUUCAAAGCCAACCAGAUCUACAGAGACCUUUAACAGCUACCAUGAAGAUGACAGACCAAUAUCUCCUUUCUAUAUUUGCCCACAGAUCUCUGGUCAGUGCAGACCUGAGUUAACACAGUUUCUAGAAAAUACCAUUCGCUCAGCAGUCGAGCAGCACCUCUUCAACGUGCACAUGCACACAGGUCAGGGGUCGGAUGGCUUGGAGCCGACUGCCCACUGUUCGUCUCCUUCAACGACGGCACGAGAAAGGCGACGACAUUUACGAGAACAAGGGGACAACUUUAGGGUCGAGGGAGAUAAAGAGAACGUCCCGUCUCCUGGUGCGAGGGUCACAGAGCCGGGCGAGAGGCAUCUGGUGUCAGAGACCCAGAGGAACAGGAAGCCCAAACACAGUCUCAGGCUGACUGAGGUGUCUGACAAUCAGGACGCCCCCUAUCUAAUGGAAUAUGCUACAGAAAUCACAGCAUCAGUCAAUAACAGAAAAGACAAUCAAAAGGAAAAGUACCAGACGCCUACCAUGAAGAUCCAAGAGGCUCUAAGCGGACCUGAGCCGUGCGACGACGUCCCACGUCUGGACUUGUCUACGUUGACGGAGGACAAUAGCUGGACAGAUUCUCAUUUCUUUAGCGCCCCAUUCCUUGACUUUAAAAGCCUUUUCCAGCAAAAUUGCAAUGAGGAACCAGUCCCGGCCUACUCAUCAUGGCAGAGAGAGAGUGUCGACCGCGAGGAAGAUCUUUCGCAACACACCAGCGGAAAGCCGAUUCGCCAGCUCCUGGAAGAAGACAGCGACCCGAUGGUCUCGCCACGAUUCUACGCAUACCGUGACAGCCAGCAGUAUCUGGACGACACAGAGGUUCCACCGUCGCCACCUAAUGCCCACUCUUUUAUCAGUAGGAGGAGGAGUUCCUCGUUAGGUUCCUGUGAAGAUGACCGCGAAGAACUUACUUCAGCCCAGCUUUCGAAGCGAAUCCACGUCUUGAAAAAGAAGAUCCACAGAUUCGAAGAAAGGUUCGAAGAAGAGCGCAAAUACAGGCCUUCACACGGCGAUAAAGCCGGGAAUCCGGAGGUUUUGCGAUGGAUGAACGAACUGGCCAGACUGCGCAAAGACUUGAAAGAUCACAAGCUGCUAAAGUCAGAGGAAGAUUUGACGCCCCUCCCCCGUCAGCGCAGUAACACGCUUCCCAAGAGUUUCGGGUCACAGCUGGAAAAGAAAACCCCCGAGACCAAAGCCUCAAAACCCCCAGUGGAAAGCACACUCGAGACCGUCAUGAACAAACUGCAGGAGAAACGCAAGGAGCUGGGGCGACCAGAGGACAUUAAGGAUAUGACCCGGGAACAGAUCGGAGCAGAGAAGGUGGCCCUUCAGAAAGCUCUUCUACAUUACGAGAGCAUUCAUGGAAGACCAGUCACCAAGAAUGAAAGACAGGCCAUGAAGCCUCUUUACGACCGGUACCGACUUGUCAAACAGAUCCUGUGCAGAGCGUCUGCCAUUCCAGUCAUUGGUUCGCCCACCAGCAAGCGCAGAGGUCCCCUGCUGCAGCCCAUAAUCGAGGGUGUACCAGCCCUGUUCUUCAGCGACAAUAAGGAGGAAGAAGAGGGCUCAGAUGAAGACAACGACACCAGUGCCCAGUUCAUGGUCACAGAUAAGCAGGAGCUGAGCGUGCUGGGAUUGCUCGAGCAGCUGGAUGAGGACACGGACGGUUUUAUCUCACCCGUUGAUGAGCUAUCGCCAUCUAAGACCGCCUCAGACAUGAGAUUGUCCAAUUUGCACGCUGCUACCACGCAGGAACUGGUGGAACAGCUCCAGGAAGCUCGUGAGGAGAAGAAAAGGAUACGCAAGAACCUCCGAGACUUUGAGGAGCAGUUCUUCAAGCAGAACGGCAGAAACGUGCAAAAGGAAGAUCGCACGCCAUUGGCUGGGGAAUACAAUGAAUAUAAGCACAUUAAAGCCAAGCUAAGGUUGCUGGAAGUGCUUAUAAGUAAAAGAGACUCCUCCAAAUUCAUCUAGUGCUCAAUAAAAUGAAGACUUACUCUACUAGUCAAACAAUGACCAGAAACUGCUAUCGAACUGCUAUGUACAAAGACAUUUGAUUUGAGUUCCAUGUGUUUAUACUGUAGCUCCAGUACAGGCACAUAAAGAUGCCUGUUUUGCCAAUGACAUUGCAGUGGCUUUGUUCCAUUGUGCAUCGAGAAGGACUUUGGGUUUUUGCUUCUAUGACUGAAGAUUGGUUGGUGUUUGCUGGGAGAGGUGGAUUUCGAAGACAAACACGAUUCCUUUUGAAGCCCUGAUGAAUUUGUAACGAUUUUUCGAUCGUUUCAAUCUUAAUAUUGCUAUGACAUAGAAAUAAAAGAGUUUGCUUAAUCAGGCAAAAAGCUUUGAUGGACAUUAAGGUCUUAAAUCAUCCAUGUAAAUACUAUGAGAUGAGAACAGUGGCAUUUUGAGAAUUUUUCUCAAGGCGGCAUGAAUGUAAGGAAGGUUCUCUGUAUAUUUAUACUGGUGCCAUAUUUCCUGCAAAUAGUUUUAUUUUCAAUAUUGAUGUUUCUGAGAAAAUGCAUUGUUUGUAUUUGUUCAUAAUCUUUUUCCUAACACUGAAGCUGUAAACCAAUAACUAAGCUAGAAUUAACAUACAAAGAGCCGGUAAAAAAUAUUACGCUAUAAUGGUAUAGACGCUCACACACCAUGGUACUUUUAAGCAGAUACAAAUGAUUUCUUAAUUUAUAUUAUUUUUUCAUUUUGCAUAAAAUAAUCCCAAGUGUCUGACUGGUCCUGACAUUAAGUUCACUGUUUAACAGUGAUAUGGGAUGAUAAAAUAAAUACAUGUGUAUAGUAAAAAGGUGACUGAAGGCAAAACCCAAGAUGCCGUUCAUGUAUUUUGUUCUUGGUAGAUCCAGAUCCAAACCGAGUGAGCUCGUAAUCCUUUUCUCUUAUUCUCCAGAUUGGAAGCUUGUAGCGUGACCUUUGUUUUUAUGGAACAUUAUGACACUGAUGGCUUAAAUGAAUACUGUGUGUACAUUUUAGUACAUGAUUGUAUUUGUGUUUUGUACAUAUAAAACUAUUUUUUCUGAA